AAAUGUGAAUUGUAUUGUGAUUGUAUUUAUUUGGUGUCAAUGCGUUAAUAAUGAUAUAAUAAGAAUUCAUUUUAUAAAAGGAAAUAUGUAAAAGAAUAUAAGGUCAAAACAAGUUUGUGAAUGGUGUCUUUCGCGUUUCAUUUCUGACCUUCGCAUUUUGGCUCAUACUAUAUUUACGGGUUUUAACAGAAUUUAUUGGGAAUUAUGGUGGAAAACGGUGCAUCUAGUGGUGGCAGCGAAAGCCCCAACGCCACAGGCGUUAGGUCUGGCCUAUUAGAAACACUUGUCCGCGGCGUUUGGUAUAGAGUUCAUUGUUCAUUAGAUGACGACUAUUUGAGCGUGUGCCUGGAUGAUGGCUACGAUGCUACCACGACCCUGAACGGUACCUUAAACAACAAUAAUGUAGAAACACCGAACAGCGACUUCACAGAAGUCCCCGAAGCUAUAGCUAACCAGAAGCGCUUAGUACAAGUCGUCAAAUCUGAUAAUAAUGGCUUGGGUAUAUCAAUAAAGGGUGGUAUCGAGAACAACAUGCCCAUAUUAAUAUCGAAAAUAUUCAAGGGCAUGGCUGCUGAUCUCACAGAACAGCUGUAUGUCGGUGAUGCUAUACUUUCUGUAAAUGGAGAGGAUUUGAAAGAUGCCACACACGAAGAGGCAGUUAAAGCGCUAAAGAGAGCAGGGAAAAUGGUGCAGUUGGAAGUUAAAUACCUACGGGAAGUCACUCCAUACUUUCGGAAAGCGUCCAUCAUAAGUGAAGUGGGAUGGGAGCUGCAGCGUGGGUACAUGGUGGAGGCACCACCGUCGCCGCCAUCGCCGCGCCGACGCCGAGCCGACACCAGAUAUGUACCACUCCUCAUGGCAUGUGUCGCCAAAAAUCUACGACACCAUGACCCGGAGGAGCGCACAAUAGAGAUCUACUCCCCGGAUGGGGUGCACGCGUUGGCAUUGCGUGCACCGUGUAGCACGUCGGCGGCGGGUUGGCAUCGCGCGUUGCACGCAGCGGCGCGACGGGCGGCGCGUGCGGCCUUGGCGCGCGCUCGGCCAAGACUUCGUCCACUCAUAGGCGAUGUUCGAUACGCUGGCUGGCUCGCGAGACGCCCACCGCAGGAUCAGAUGGUCGCUUCUGGAGGUUCAGAUAGUUCGGACGAUGCGGAAGGUUGGCAGCCAACUUUCGUAGCUAUUACAGAUCGCGAAUUAAGGCUGUACGAGGCUGCACCGUGGUCCGCGGAGGCGUGGUGCGCGCCCACGGAGAGCUUCAGUCUGGCGGCCACGCGGCUGGCGUGGUGGCGGCGUGGCAGCGAGGGCGCGGCGGCGCUGGGCGUGCGUGCGGGCACGCCGGCCGGCCUGUGCGUGCGCGCGCUGCGGGCUGACACCCCGCACGACCUGGCGGCCGUGGCCGGAGCCCUGGUGGACGGCGCGCACCACGCGGUGCGAGCGCAGCCCGAGUACACUUUCCGGUGCCGAUACCGCGGCGCGUGCGCACGGCUAUCACUUGGUGCGGGUGGUGUGUGCGUAUGGGAGGCGGCGGGAUCGCUGGGUCGAGGAGGGGCACGCGCGUUGUACCGCCGACCUCUGCACGCGUUGCGCGCAUCCGCAGACGACGACCGUGCGGCGCUGUGGCUGCACUUCGCCGACGACGACACCCUUGAAUUAGACAUGGAAGGCAGCCCGAAGCCAGCGGUAUUCAUCCUGCAUAAUCUGCUAUCGGCUCGCGUUCACUCUUUGCCGGGAGAAACGGCGACCCAUCCGCUAUAACCCGACUUGGACGCUUCACCCGAAGCAAAGUCUCUCGCCAACAUCCUAGCAUUCCAAGUAACUAUCAACAAUAACUAAUAUGUACGAAUAUGUUAUAAAUUAUUGAUUAAUCUAUUAUCAUUAUAAGAUGAUUUCCUAACCCCCCAAUGAAAGCUCUUUUAUAAUAAAUGUGCAAAAUUUUGACCGAACAUAUUUUCAAGCCUUUUAGUUUUUGGGUAUCAAACCAACGCCAAUGUAAAAUAGAUCUUUGUACAUUCUAUUCUACUGAUUUAUAUUAGUUACGUUCGCUAGGAAGGCUAACUGUAGAGUUUUGACGCGAUUAAGCUUUUAAACAAAGUAAGUGAGGUCAAUUUAAUUUGGCGCUGCAGUUUAGAUACUCAAAAACGUAUUAAUUUCGAUAUUUUCAUCGGUAAUUUUCUAGCAAGUGAGAAAAUGGAGACAACUCUGAGCUGAUAAUGGCGGUAUAGGGAAGUGCAAUAUUUGUACGUACAGAAGUCGUUCGUUUUCUCUAGUCUCUGGUAUAUUAUGCUUGUCGAUGGUGUUAUAUGUAGGUUGUUGAUUUUGAUUGGAUUCUAUAACGUUUGAAACUGAAAGAUUUAUAUGUAAAGACAAGUUAAUGGUUUGUGAACACCAAAAGAAAAGAAUAUAAUAUAAUGUUAGGCUUUUUGCAUGGCUUUGAAUUUCUAAUCGUUUUUAACAGCUUAAAUAUUGUAUUAUGUAAAAAUAUUUUUACGUAGACCCACUAUAAAAAAUGAAAAUCUUAUAUCGGCUUAAAUUAGUGAAAUUCGUGUGCAUAAAUUCCGCUAAAGUGGAAUAAAGUACUAGGAAGACAUACCGUAAUAACAUUUCGAAAAUUCUUGGUCAGGACAUUGCACUUGUUUAAGAGAGCUUUAAAUGAAAGUCAAUUUUAUUAGUCAACGAUAAUAAAACGAAAAUGUUGAUUUUGUAAGUUUGAACUUUAUUUUAACAAUAAAACUAUCGUGAAUGAUGCUCAUAAUUAUAAUGAAUUUAUGUAGGUUUUAUAACUUGCUAUAUUGGAGGUGUAUGCCCAACUAGAUUCCAACCGGCCUUAAACAUAAUUUCGUUAAAUUUUCCUCGCGACGGUUUUGGAUUUUAAGCAUUAGAUGCUCAAGCGCUGAUUAUUUAGACAAAGAUGGAGAGGUUUUAAGGAGCCAAGUCAGCCAUUUCGCGCAGUUUGCUUUGGACUGCUUCGCGUGAACGUCUAGUGCGGUAUACACGAACCUAAUAGUGAGUAAAGCCUUAUAUAUUCGUAAUGGCACCAACUUUACGAUAAAAUGCGGUUUGUUUAUGCGGAAAUAAAUUGUUGUUUAUUGUAUUUUUCAUGAACUAAGUCUCUUUGGGUGAUUUUACAGUAAUCUAUGUAUCUAAAUGAUAAUGCAAAUACGAAGGUAUGUUUCAUGGUUUCUUCUAUUUUAAAGCAGCAACGGAUCGAUGCGAUUUUUUGCAAAGAAAUAGUAUAAGUCGGUCAUGCUUUAAAUAAUUUCGGCAACCUUUUCGUAUAAUAAUGAUUAAGUAAGGACCUUGUUUAUGAAAAAUCCAAUCAACAGCCAUUGUCUUUACUCUGCUCUUUAUUUUUGGCGAAAACAAUUAUGUUAUUAUUGUCCGUUUUUUAUUAUUACCAUCACAGAUUUUUUGUAAAUAGGAAGAUGCAAAUUAGAAAAUGUUGUAUUUCAUCCGGCCGAUAAAAAAGAGAGGUUUUAGAUUGUGUAAAGGUUGAAAAUAUAAUCUUUACUCUAAAUAAGGUGAACUUUUAAUGUGACCUUGAGCAUCCAUCUAAACUAGUUAUGUCUUCACGAAGGCUAUUAAAUUAUUACAUUUUCUCAGGAAACUUUUCGGUUCAUAAGGGUGGUUGUUACCUUGAUGAUAAAUAGCCUAUAAUCUUGCCCAAGAAUUGAGCUAUCAAAUGUAAAUAAAGAAUUUUCAAAUCCGACUGUUAGUUCCAGAUACAUACUUUUAUAGCUCUAUCAUUAAUUUAGGUGUGACAUCUAUAAUCUCUAUUAGUUUUAGUUUUUCAACCGAUCGACGUACACUACUGGACAUGAGUUUUUUGUAGGAACAAGGGAGUUCUAUAGUCUACAGUUUCGGGCCGUUUGUCGUCGUAUGUCGUCUGUGGUUUCUUGACUAUUUGUAAAAAUCGCGUGAAAAAAAAAUCCGUCUCACAUACUUGACCAUGCUACUUGAUUGGCAAGAAGAUGAAAUACAAUAGCUUCUAAUUUCUGCAUAUUAAAGAAACGUUAGCAAUCAAUACCUCAUAGGUAAGCUUUAUUUUUAUAUGUUGUUAAUUUCUUAAGGAAUGCGACAACACGGAACGGAAAUGAUUCCCGACGAUACGGAAAUGGUUUUUUUUUUUCUGUGAGCUUGCAUUGUGAAUGAUAAAUAAGCAUUAUUGUAAAUGGACUUCAAUUCAUUCCAAAGCUAAGGGUGCGUUCUACUGAAGCGUUGAUUAGCUGAGCGCGCGACGACUUAAUUAUCUCUCCCGUUCCUCGUAUAUUCCUAUAGGGAUGACAUAAUGGGGAGACAUAACUUUCUCGUGGUGCACAUGCUACCCUCGCUGGUCUGAUCUGAUACUGGUGACCUAUUUGUAGUAAUACAUAAAGCAUUCUGUUCAAAAUUUUUGUGCCAUUUGUGGACCACUUGUUGCCCACGCGUAUAACCAACUUCAUACAAAACUAUGCCACAUUACAUAAAUCUUAUAUUUCAUUGAUUUCUGUUGUCUAUGAGUCGAUAUGUGCUAUGGUCACUAGUAUCGAAAAUAGCGAAAAAUAGCUCCAGAGGAAAAUGAUAUUUAUUCGUUAGUUUUAAAGUUUAAAUUGGCCCACAUUAGAAAUGUGUCAGUCAGUGAUCUCGGCAGAACUUUUGUGGCAAGAGUUUUGAUACUACAAAAUUGUGAAAAUAAUUUGCUGUUGGCUUAACUAUACGGUACAAUAUUAUAGUAUGCUCUCUAGCAGUUUAAACAGGAUGUUUUUUCUCGCGGGCCUCAAACGCACCCUUAGGAUACUAGGAUAAUAUUAAAGGGUGGGUUUUUUUUUUGUUUUAUUUGCUACCUAAGGGGGUAACCUGGACUCUUCCAAAGAACGAAUCUCAAAUUUUUAUUUAAUUCUAAGACAGUAAGGAGUUGUAUAAUAUGUUAUCGAUUAUAAUAUAUUUUUUAUAAUUUAUUUGUUGUAUAUAAAUGUAGUUGUAGUGUUUAUAAUCGAGAAUACAUUCCCAGAAUGUAGUAUAGAUUUGCUUUAAUAAGUGUAGGUAUGUUUAAUCUCAAGUAUUGUUAAGGUUUGAAUAGCUAAAAUUAUGCUGAAUGUAUCAUUAAGGUGGUUGCAUACGUAACUGCAAGCUUGACAUUCCUGCUUGAACAAUAGUUUUGCGCAAGCUUGCAUAAACUAACAGUUUAUGCUUAAGCCGUCAUUUAAUAUAUAUGCACUAAUUUUAAUUUAUAAUAUAAAAGAUUAAAAGUAAAAAGUCGACAAAUUUUUCAGGUCAAAUGUGGCUAUCAAGCAGAAUUACGUAUAAUCUUUUAAGAUACACUACAAAGGCUAAUGAUGCAAUUUCAUCACACACAAAAUAACUAAAUGAGUGUUCGCUCGUGCUAGCCCUGCAGUUGCACGUGCAACCACCUUAACGUGUUGUUUAACAAAUGUGCGAGACGCAUGAGAGGUCCUUUUUAUAUGGGCUAUUGUAUUGAUAAUAACUCUCGUAUUGAUGUUUGUAAGUAUUACAUACUCAUAUAGAAAAAUUAAGGUUCAUUUUAAACAUAUCGGCGUUAAUAUUUUCCUGGCUACCGGAACCGUGGAACCUGUCAGGGACGUCUUGACAUUAAGGUUUUUAUCUCUUAACUUAACUAACUUAAAAUUAACUUUAUUGCACAACCAAACAAACACGGCUACAAAAGGCGGACCUAAUGCUAAAGCAUUUUCUACCAGCCAGGUUAUGUUUUUAAACGUCAUGAAUAUCAGCGUCAGAAAUUUUUAUUUUUGGCAAUUGUUUGUGCACAGUGUUUUGCUGCCGAUUUAGUUACAAAAAACCAUAAUACACAGCCUCUGUAUAAAAUCGUUAAUUUUGUAUUUAAAUUGGUCAACCCAAUGUUUGGAUGUUUGGACAACCCUCGUAGGCUUCUGCUUAUACGCUAACGAGCACGUAC